CUGAUUGCUGUGGCAAUGAUUGAACUUGCAAUUCUCAUUGAAAAAAAUAAGUAAAAUACAAAUAUUCAAAACAAGCUGUUUGUGUACGAACGUGAAGUAAUAAAUCUUCCGCCUACCUGAUCAACUCGUAUUUUUAAAUCGACUCAAUGGCGCCUAUUGUAAAAAAUAUAUUACAUGCUGGGCAAAAGUAUAUUCCUAUUACAGAUGGUAGUAAGGCUCACUUUCAUUUCCAAACUUGGAAGCUGGGAAAAGAAAGAACCCUUGUCGACGAUAGUAAAAAGAUUGGAAAAAAGGAGCCAAUGGUAUUAGUAAUUGGUCACAAAUUUAAAUUAGAGGUUUGGGAAACUAUAGUCAAAAUGAUGGCAGUUGGAGAAGUCUCUAGUUUUAUUGUGCAAAAGGAGCUGGUUUAUAGUUAUCCUUUUGUGUCUAAAACCUUAAGAGAAUUAGGACAAGAGCAAAAAGUUAAACAUUCAUGCACAAUGACUUUGCAUACAGAAGGCAUUGGAUAUCCUGAUCUUGAUGACUUAAUAAGUAACCCCUGCGAGUUGGAGUUCAUUAUAGAACUGUUGCAAGUUGAGAAGUCAGAUGAAUAUGAAAAGGAACUCUGGCAGCUCAAUAUAGAACAAAGACUGAAAUUAGUACCUGAACUAAAAGAGAAAGGCAAUAAGUUAUAUGCUGAAAAACAGUACAGCAAAGCUGAAGACUGUUAUGGGCAGGCACUGGCCAUUCUGGAGCAAUUAAUGAUUAGAGAGAGAAAGAAAGAUGAAGAAUGGAUAACUCUUAAUAACCUAAAACUACCCAUUCUUCUAAACUAUGCACAAUGCAAGCUUCUCAAAGAUGAUUAUUAUGCAGUUUUAGAGCAUUGUAAUACAGUUCUUGAACAUGACAAAGAUAAUGUCAAAGCACUAUACCGACGCGGCCGUGCGCACGUUGGUGCUUGGAAUCCUGAAGAAGCAGAAAGAGACUUUUUGCGUGUGAAAGAACUUUGCCCUACUCUGGCUGCAGGCAUUAAUAAAGAGCUGGAUAAUAUUCGAUCGCUAAAAAAAGAGAAAGCUGAAAAAGACCGAGACGCGUUGAGGAAAAUAUUUGAUAAAGAACGUGAUGAAACAUAAUAUUAUUGUUGCAAACAAUUGUUCUUGUGUGUUGAAACUAGAUGGCAUUACCCGUAUAUUAAUUAAAAGUGCAAUAGCGGCAGUGUAUUUAAAAAUGACAGUUUUUGUGAGUUUUUUGAAAGCUCGGAUUUUUUUUUAUAUAUUUACAUCGUUUCACCUGUCAAUUAAUUUGUCUAUAAAGUGAAAUAUUCUAACUUAUAUAUAGCUUUUCUCCAUUCUCCAGAUUUUAACAUUGCAACAUGUUUUUAUUCAUACUUUGCUCCUUUUAAUGAAAACAUGUUUUUAUAUUUCUUUAAAAAUCUUUUUGAGGUUAGUGCAUCCCAAUAUUCCUAAAGUUCCUGAGUUAGGGUGUUCAACCAAAUAAAUUUUGUACUUUAAAUAUCUAUAUGUGUUUUCGUUUUUAGAGUAUUGCUUUGUUUGUAAUGGUGGAACGAUAUGGAAAUACUUUUAUACAGUUUCUAUGUAUAAAAUAAUAUACCGAUUACAAAAAAAAUUUGAAUCGAUGUUCUUCCUAUAUUACUACUAUAGUUAUAAAGUAAAGCAUUUUUGUUGAAACAUAAUUUGUGAUUCAUGUGUAUUAUACUGUAGAUUGUACUAACAACAGACUGAUAAUUAUGUUAGAUACUUGUUUAGAAAAAAAUGUGUUUUAUUUAUUAAUUGUGAUAUUCUUAUUGUGAAAUACAUAUAAUCUUGUA